GUUCGGUUCAAUUGUUGAAUAUUAUUUAUUUAGUUAGUUCCAACGAUUUUCAACUAUAAUUUUCUUAACUUGUAGUGCCGUUAAAUGUCUGUGUAUUAAAAGGACCGAAAAAUAUUUAGUAAAAAUGGCCGGGCGAGUAAAAAAAGCAGCGCCGAAACGAAAAGCUGCAGGCUACAAGAUGCCUGCUCCUAUCCCUACAGGAGAAAUUAUAAAAGACAAUCUCUUCAAGAAAGAAUGGCGGAUAGGACCCUCAAUUGGUGUCGGAGGCUUCGGAGAAAUAUAUUCUGCCUGUGACCACACAUUGAAGACCAAAGGAUCAGAUUACCCCUAUGCAAUCAAAAUCGAACCACAUGAGAAUGGGCCGCUUUUCGUUGAAAUCAAUUUCUAUCUCAGGAAUGCCAAUAAAGAUGAUAUUGCCAAAUUCAUGCAAAGCAAAAAGCUGUCAAGUCUGGGCAUGCCAACAUUCUUUGGCAAGGGGUCCCACGAGUGUAACGGAAUGACGUAUAGAUACCUAGUCAUGGAGCGGUUUGGUAAAGAUGUGUGGAGCCUCUUCACUGAGGCCGGAAAGUCAUUCCAGCCAGCAACUGUCUUCCAAUUAGGCUUACAAAUGCUAGAUGUGCUGGAGUAUAUACACAGCCGCGGUUACGUUCACGCUGACCUCAAAGGUGCCAACAUGUUACUCGGCCUGAAGAAGAAUGCCAAGAACCAGGUGUACCUAGUGGACUUUGGUCUAGCCACGCGAUUGAAAGAGGGCCAGGCAUUCAACCCAGACCCUAAGAGUGCACACAAUGGCACCAUUGAGUAUACUAGCAGAGAUGCACAUUUAGGAGAACCCACAAUGCGUGGUGACCUUGAGAUUCUGGGCUACAACAUGCUGCAGUGGCUGACUGGAGAGCUGCCGUGGGAGAAGUCACUCAAGCAACCCAAAACUGUGCAGUCCAUGAAGGAGACUUUCAUGAAGGAUGUCAGGACCAACAUCAAAAACCACUCUAGUGCUGUACCUGAGGCUCUCAUCAAAUUCUUUGAAUACAUAAACACUAUGAAACCUAAAGAAGUCCCAGAUUACAAAAAGUGCCGGAAACUCUUUGAGGACUACCUAAAGAAUGAAGGCAAGACUAGAAAUAGUACCUUAGACUUUUCGUCCAAAAGAACUAAAUCUCCUGUCAAAGGCAGAACCAGAGUCAUUGCAGAAGAUAGUGACGGUUCUGAAGGCGAAGCAGAAGUACCUGUGAAGGUUAGCAAGCAGAAUGGUGAUGUGCCAAAGAAACGGGGAAGGAAACCAAAGGUAGUUGCUGAUGUGGAUUCGGAAAAUAAGGUCCCAGAGCGAGAGAAGGAAACCAAGAAAAAGGUUAAAAGGAAAUCUUCAGAACCAGCUGUCCUGGUCAAGGUUAAGAAGACAAAGAUGAACCCGGAGGCCACGCCCCCCGCUAAACUCAACCACAACAACAUCGCCACACAGACGUCCAUUGAGAAACGAUAUAGUCCGAGAAUCAACACCUCCAGACAUGUAUCGUUUGACAGUCCUAUCUGUGAGAUUGUCGGCGACAACAGUCGCUCCAUAAACUCAAGCGGAGACAUAUUCGAUGACUCCUUCACUAUUAAAGAGGUUAAGGUUAAACCUAAGAGAAAAUUGUUGUCAAAUGAAGAGGUCAUAGUGAAAAGGGUGGUUAGGAAAAAAGUAACGGCUGUGAAACCAGCGAGGUCGUGGAAAGAUUCUUCUACUAUUAUAAACGGACGGUCGCCACCCAAGUAAGUUAUAUGUGGUGGUGUACUGUUGCUCACAUUUUAAAAUCUAUGUUUGUUUGUACAAGUGAAGUAUGGGGAAUGUUGAUGGUAUGUUGUUUUCUCAAAAAGAGAAGUAAAGCAAGUGCGUAGCAAAUAAUAUACACUAAAAUUGUUUUAACACUGCUUUAUAAUAAUUAUUGUUUCGGUUUUGUGUGAUUUUAAAAUGCCUCAUGAUUGGAAUGUUUGCCUUUGUUGAUACUUUCACAUGCCAACUAAUCUACUUCUGGUCUAAUCUACAUUUGACAAUGAUUUGUUAUUUAUAAUCAGUGCCAUUAAACAUUGUAAUCCCACUUAAUUAGCUUUAACAUGUUUACAUAAUCUACCAGAUACCUUGAUAUUUUAUUGGUAAUAGACUGGAUUCUAGGAUACAGACAAGAGCAUAAAGCAAACUAACAUAAUAUCUUACAGUCUGUUAUAAAGCAAUAUAAAUGUGUCUUUUACCAAUUAAUGACUUAACUUGUACCUUUUAAGUUAUAAUAGUUUAGCUAGAAUGUUACCUAUUCGGCUGCAGUAGGUAACGAGAUUAAUUUACGUAAUUCACUGUCCUUUAUCCCUUUGUUCACCAUGUACUGAUUACUAGACUACAUAACAAAAAAAAACUGAGAUAAAUAAUUCUUAAGAAAAUAUCGUAUACAUAUUUCCAUUUUUAUAACCUAAUUAUAACUUUAAUAUAAAAAACAAUAAUAUACUUAUUAUAUCAUAGUAAACAACUAGAGUAUGUACUACCAAUCUAUUAGUAUAUUACUAUGUAUUUAUUGAUUCUAUGAAUGAACAAAGGAUUAUAUUGUGCACAAAAUAGUUUGAUCAAUUAAUCAUUAAUGUUUUCCACCGUAAUAGUUUAUUAUUUUAAUAGUGUAAUUGGUUUUAACUACAAUCUGUUUGUUUCUUUUGAGCUUUAGUCAAAAUCUGAUGUCGCGGAUAUUCACGCGUUUUAGCCCAUGUGUAAGAUAAAAUUAUGCAUUACAUACAGUCUAGUGAAAAACAACUAUUUCACAAGACAGGAAACGCGUGAUAUUUACCGCGGUAUUAGAUUUCCCACCCAAUUAUAUACUUAAUCAGCUUCUAAUACCAUACGAUUAAUUACUUACUAAAUAUCUACAUAUUUUACUAUACUAAAAUAAUUAUUGUCUUGCGGUUUUAAUUGAAAUGUUGGUUCAAAAUACCGGUUAAUUUGUAUGUGUUGCAGUCUAAUUUGAACACAAAUUGCAGUUUUUAUGGUUCGUUGAUGUCUGUAUGUGUUGAGAUCAAUCGUUACGUUUGAAUGAUGUUGUGUUGUACAAUGAACAUUUUUAACGGCGGGUUCGGUGUUGAUAUGCAUUUGUUUUAUUAUUUGUGUGUGAUCAAUAUGUAGGUAAUUAUGUAAAAUAAACAGUAUUUCUUUA